AUGACCAUGACAAAAUCACGUCACCGCCAACGCCCGCCGCUUGUCCACGAUCGGUGCCCGUUCUGCAGGAACCUGACGCCAGGCGCGCCCGAUGAGGAUGGCGACGGACUUCAUGCAACUCUAUCGAUCGUGGACUUGCGCUCGGACUGGCUGUUCAAAGCCAACGUCUGGAUCGAUCACUGCAGGACUAAUCACUCCUGCGACGGCGGCCUGAGUGCCAAAGCCAAAACGAUAGUUGUUGAAACUUCAGCUGAAGAGAAUGCGGAAGGGAUCGGAGAAGGGCCUUCAACAUCAUCAUCAACAAGGACCUCGAAGAUUCGCAGCUUACCUAACGUCGAUGACUCCCCAUGCCCCGGGGACCGCCCGCCGCCGCGAUUGCCACGCAAAGUUUUGGACCUCAGACUGUUCUCCAGCAAAGGCAAACUGCGUCUACUGGAGCCAGAGGGAAUGUGUGGUGUCUACGUCUGCCUGAGCUACACAUGUGACCGGCAAAACACCUGCGUGACGACCCCUGACAGCUUGCAGUCGAACUUGGACAACAUCCCUUACGACCAACUUCCGCAGACGUACAAGGACGCUGUGACAGUGGCGCUGGCUCUGAACUUUCCUUUCCUGUGGAUCGAUGGCCUGUGUAUCAUUCAGGGCGACAAAGACUCUGUAGACUGGAAAGAGCAGUCUUCCCAAAUGGCAGACGUAUACGAAAACGCUGUGCUGGUGAUUGCGACCGCAAGUUGCACGAGCGUCGAGGAUGGAGUUUUGUCUACGGCACGGCCUUCCCGAGAUCUCACAAAGUUCGAGGGCCACCACCAUACGCAGCCGCGUCUGGAAGUGCACGCGCGUCCCAUGCUCAACCACAGCCGGCUCGGCUGGUCCAAUCUGGCUAAGCCCAAGGCGGAGGGGACCCUGAGCCGCAGCUGGUGCUUCCAGGAGGAGAUUCUUGCGGCCCGCCUGCUGACGUUCUACGGGGGGGAGAUGAACUUCCAGUGCCUCGAGGAAGAGUACCGGUUCGACCCCUACGAGACGCCGAACUGGAUGUGGCAAAGCGCCGUCGAGCACUACACGCGGCGGAGGCUGACUGCCGCCACGGACAGACUGGUCGCUAUCUCCAGCAUGGCCCGGGUGGCCCAAUUAGCUCUGCGGACGAGAUACGUCGCUGGGCACUGGUGGGACGCGGACUUCCUCUGCAGCCUUUGCUGGGCGCCGGUGCGGACCGAGGAGACGGAGCGGACGUUCUCGGCGGACUGCUACGUCGCGCCGUCCUGGUCUUGGGCCGCGCACAACGGGCCUGUGACGAUGUGGAUCCCGUACGCGGGCUCUGAGGAGCCCGUCACGCCGCGGGCCGACGACGUUGGCGCUGUCUCGAGCGGGAACAUCGCCGUCCGCGGAGUCUUUCUCGGGCUGGCGGUCGAUACAAAGCCGAGAGAAUAG